AAGCUGGCAACAACGAGCCUGUAAACAGGUGAUGGCCGUCGUCUCUUACGUGACGGAAGUUUGGUCAAUGUUGCAUAGAUGGUAAGCUUUGCGGGUGGUCCACGUCUGAAACACAUGCGGAAUGUCCACGUUUUUCGACUAAUUCAACUCAUCGGGGUCAGCUUAUGACGGCACAGUCCACUGCUGUCAUCACUGCUAUCCCGCUGCGUUCUCCGUGAAAGACGUACUGAAGGCGAGGACGGCCUCGUCGGCAAGUGCUGCCCACUUAGGUGAUGGCGGCCUGCUCCAUCUCCCACCCCCAUCGUGACCUGUACAACGACAUGCGGGUGCAGUUUCCGGAGCUGCCGGACACGGUGAUACGGUCCUACGUGCAACUGUACCCCCGGAACCGCGAGCAGUGCAUCCAGCAGCUGACGCUCGCCAGCCAGAACCAGCUGUACAGUCAGUACGACUCCGAGGAGAACCCUCCAAGCCGCGGGUGCGGCGGCGACGGCUUCGGCGGGGGUUCGUGCGCGGCCCGCGUGUUUGAGCCCUUGGACCCUCCCUUUGCGGUGGACGAAGACCUGCCCCCACCUUACCCCGGAACCUUGAGCCCCGUGCGGCAGAUGCCAUCUCCCCGUCCCCCGGUGCAGACGAGACUGAGCCCCCGCGAAGAAACCGGUCCUCACGGGGCACCUGGAAGUUCCCGGGCACCUCCUGCCAUCACCGCACCGUGGUUGCGGGAGUACAGGUCGCCGACCAACUUCAACCCCAGCGUCGGUCCCUGGUUUCCCCCUGUUGAACUGGAUCCUCCCGGGAACCGAUUACCUCCGGCUCUCGACGACAUGACGCAAGCGCUGUUGACGCACCAGCGCCAGAGGUACGAGCUGCUGCAGCGGACCUACGCCCAGCAGCUGGAGGUUCUCCAGCAGCUGAGGAGAGAAGUGGAAGCCAAAGAGACCCAACUCAUAACGAAGACGCUGCUCGACGUGACGCCUACCCACGUGGACGAGCUGCAGAGGCUGCGCAGGGAAAACCGCACCCUGGACGUGGAGUGCCACUGUCUGCUGAGCGAGGUAGACCUGUACUCGCGGGGGGAGGUUCCCCUCGGAGCGACCGACGAGCACUUCUACCGCCGCCUGAACCCGGGGCAGACGGUCCCUGUGGCCCCCCCCUCCACUGCCUCCACCGUGACGCCAGCGCCCCCAGCGGCGUCUCUACAUUCCUUGCUGUCGGAGGAUGAAGAAAACCAGGACGACAACCGGUGGAAGUGUUCAAAGUGCACAUUCCUGAACCACCCGGCGCUGGACAAGUGUGAAGUGUGCGAGAUGCCAAACGUUGCCCGAGAUGUCUGACGUGGGCUACCACAACCAGUAUUCUUCCUGGCGAGACCUUAUGUGCUUUUAUGAAGAAUGUAACACAAACUUGUUUGCCACCAGUGUACAAAGGACAUCCGUGGCUUUUUUAAAGACUGUAAAUAUGUCAAAGUUGUUGGUGUACGUAGUUUGGCACUUUAAAUUGAUAGUUGGGCCUUGGUCCCCAAUUUUGUUUUGUACAGGUUUAAAGCUAUUUAAAUUAAGUAUAGGCGUAGUCUGAAUAUGCAGAAAAGAGAUUGAAUUUGCGAACCCUGUGCAAAGCAUUUCUUCAUGUGAUGUUGAGUGCACUUGCUUGGCAAAAAAUAAAGUUUAGGCGUCAGCACCUGACACAAGAGAUCAAAGGAAA